UCAAGAUCAAAUUCCCCCACUGCUGAGGCUUCAUGUUUCUGUACCAUGAGGGGCAGGAAUUUUGCAUUUCAUUCAGGGCUUUGUGUCCUGUUAAUAUCACUGGGAACUAUUUCUCACAAGAACAUAACUCUCUGUGCUUGAUGCCCACAGAAUGCCCACUCUACCAAUGCCACUUCCUGCCACUGUGAUCCUGGAUUCCCUUCUCUGUCUGGAGAGGUCAUCUUUAGCACCCCCUCGGAGGUCUGUACAGAUGUGGAUGAGUGUAUCUCUGGAAAAGACCAAUGCCACAACUCAACCCAUUGCAUCAAUGUGAAGGGAAGCUAUAGAUGCUACUGUCACCAUGACUGGAUGGCCAUGUCCAAGCCUCUGCAUGGCCUGGAGCUCACCAUCUGUGAAGGUGUAUACUCCUGACACACAUACAUAUGUGCACACUUAAGUAUAACCUGCAUGUGCAUGUGUGUGCACAUAUACUCUUACACAUGAACAUGUGUAAUGCAUACGUGCAUUCACAACACAAAAAGCAAGCACAUACAUGCAUUAAGCAUGUACACACACACACACACACACACACACACACACACAAGCAGUGCUUCUGCCUCUUUUCCCUGCAGAGGUCCCCUUCUCCUCAUGGACAUCACCUUCUGGAGUCACCAGCCAGUCUCUCCAACUUCUUUGACAAAGUCCAGCAGUUAUACCCAGACUUCAAAACAGCCUUGGCCAAGAACACCAUCCAGGACCUCAUGAAGGAAGUAGUUGAGCUGCUGGAUACCCCAGGGGACCUGAAGACCCUGCCUCCCUCAAAGCAGCACUGUGUGGACACUCAUCUGCUCGUUGGCCUGGAGGAUGUCCUAAGAGUGCUAAGAAAGUUCCUGCCCAAUGGGCCAUUGACUGUGUGUGCUCCUGCAGACACAGAUGCUGGCUCCACACAGACAAAGGAUUCAUAUGGACCUUCCUUGGCUCCAUCUGUGCCAUCUUCUUUGAUGCUAACAUUUAAAGCCACAGCUCAGCUGCUCAUCUUGGACUGCACAUGGUGUCUGGGCAUCCUGCAGGUGGGUCCAGCUGCCCAUGUCAUGGCUUACCGCUUCACUAUCAUCAACAGCCUGCAGGGCAUCUACAUCUUCCUGGUGUACUGCAUCCUCAGUCAGCAGGUCCAGGAACAAUACAAGAAAUGGUUCAAAGGGAUCAGGAAAACAAAAGCUGAGUCUGAGAAGUACAUGCUCUCAAGUGGGACCAUGUCUGAUGCCUCCAAACACAGUGUGAUCAAUGGUCUUGGAUCUCCAGGUACAGGAAGCAAGGGGUUCUGGUACCCAGCCUCCUAAAGUCACAAACUUCUAGUUCCCAGAUUCUAAGGUUUCCAACUUCCAGGAAUCAACCACAAAGGGCUGAGACCCAGCUAAGGAAUUUCUUCUUCAUCCAGGGGAAUGCAUGCCAUCUUCUCUGCUCUUAAAAGCCUCAAAGCCCAAAGAGCCCAAAGGGAAUGAUGACCUAAGUGUGUUUGUUGAAGCACUGGAAGGAAGAAAAGCACAAGACACUCAAGUGAACCAUCAAUAGGAAAUGAAAAGCUAUUUUGGUUUUAAGGAAUGUCAGUUCACGGACACAAAGACCAAAUCACUUCUACCUAUGUUGACAUGGAAAAAUUUCCAUGUACAAGUGGUUAGGUAUUCAUAACACAAUACUGUAUAAUUUUAAAACCUUAGAAUUAUUCACAGUUUAAUGUUUAUGCAGAUAUGAUUUUAUCUAACUUUUCAUAAUUAAGUUAUAGAUUCUAGUCUGGCAGAACAAAAUAUAAUUUGUUGAUAUUAGAGAAUACUUAUGCAAGGGAGGUUAGGUCAAGGUGAAGAUCAAUCAGAUAUCUCUUGUGUUUGUGGUAGUAUGUUUUUAACAAAAUGUAUGCAUGCUUUUACUUGUUAUCAAAAACAAAGUUUUAGGGCACAUGGGUAGGUAAGUUGGUUAAACGAUUGCCUUUGGCUCAGAUGAUGAUCCUGGAGUCAGGACUGAGUGCCACCUGGGGCUCCCUGCUCAACAGGGAGGCUGCUUCUCCCUCUGACCUUCCCUCCCUAUGCGCUCUCUCUCUCUCACUCUUUUUCUAUCUCAAAAAAAAAUUUUUUUAAUAAAUUUUUAUGGGCACAUAGGUGGUGCAGUGGGUUAAGCCUCUGUCUUUGGCUCAGGUCAGGAUCUCAGUGUCUUGGGAUUGAGCCCCACAUCAGGCUCUCUGCUCAGCAGGGAGCCUGCUCCCCCCCCCACACACACACUGCCUAACUCCUGUCUCUCUCAGUCAAAUAAAUAAAUAAAAUCUUUAAUAAAUAAAUAAAUAAAUAAAUUUUAAAGUGUUUUAAAUAAGGUGCCCUCUCCUGAUAAAGACAAGAAUACCAUUGCUAAAAAGCAAAAUAUAAGCAACAGCUAUCAGACAAUAAAGAGAAAUAAAAAGUAUCCAAAUUGGCAAUGAAGAAGUCAAACUCUCUCUCUUCACAGAUGAUUUGAUUCUUUAUAUGGAAAACCCAAAAGACUCCACCCCCAAACUACUGAAACUCAUACAGCAAUUCAGUAGUGUGGCAGGAUACAAAGUCAACAUAAAGAAAUCAGUGACUUUUUGAUACACUAACAAUGAAAAUACAGAAAGGGAAAUUAGAGAAUUGAUUCCGUUUACUAUAGUACCAAGAAUCAUAAAAUACCUGGGAAUAAGCCUUACCAAAGAGGUAAAGGAUCUGUACUCAGGGAACUACGGAACACCCAUGAAAGAAAUUGAAGAAAACACAAAAAGAUGGAAGACCAUUGCAUGCUCUUGUAUCGGAAGAAUAAACAUUGUCUAAAUGUCUAUACUGCAUAGAGCAAUCUAUACUUUUAAUGCCAUUCCAAUAAAAAUUCCACUGGUAUUUUUCAAAGAGCUGGAGCAAAUAAUCCUAAAAUUUGUAUGGAAUCAGAAGAGAUGCUGAAUCACCAAGGAAAUGUUGAAAAACAAAAAUAAAACUGGGGGAGUCAUGUUACCUGAUUUCAAGCUUUACUACAAAGCUGUGAUCACCAAGACAGCAUCGUACUGGCAUAAAAACAGACACAUAGACCAGUGGAACAGAGUAGAGCCCAAUAUGGACCCUCAAUUCUAUGGUCAAUUAACCUUCAACAAAGCAGGAAAAAAUAUACAGUGGAAAAAGACAGUCUCUUCAAUAAAUGGUGCUGGGAAAAUUGGACAGCUAUAUGUAGAAGAAUGAAACUCGACCAUUCUCUUACACCAUACACAAAGAUAAACUCAAAAUGGAUAAAAGACCUCAAUGUGAGACAGGAGUCCAUCAGAAUCCUAGAAGAGAACAUAGGAAGUAACCUCUUUGAUAUCAGCCACAACAAGUUCUUUCAAGAUAUGUCUCCAAAGGCAAAGGAAACAAAAGCAAAAAUGAACUUUUGGGACUUCAUCAAGAUCGCACAGCAAAGGAAACAAAGAGGCAACCCAUGGAAUGGGAGAAGAUCUUUUCAAAUGACAGUACAGACAAAAUUUGAUAUCCAGUAUCUAUAAAGAACAUCUCAAACUCAACACACAAAACAGAUAAUCAUAUCAAAAAAUGGGCGGAAGAUAUGAACAGACACUUCUCCAAUCAAGACAUACAAAUGGCUAUCAGACACAUGAAAAAAAGUUCAUCAUCACUAGCCAUUAGUGAGAGUCAAAUUAAAAUCACAUUGAGAUACCACCUUACACCAGUCAGAAUGGCCAAAAUUAGCAAGACAGGAAACGACGUGUGUUCGAGAGAAUGAGGAGAAAGGGGAACCUUCUUAUACUGUUGGUGGGAAUGCAAGUUGGUGCAGCCACUUUGGAGAACAGUGUGGAGAUUCAAGAAAUUAAAAAUAGAGUUUCUCUAUGAUCCUGCAGUUGCACUCCUGGGUAUUUACCUCAAAGAUACAGAUGUCGUGAAAAGAAGGGCCAUCUGUUCCCCAAUGUUUAUAGCAGCAAUGACCAUGGUCGCCAAACUGUGGAAAGAACCAAGAUGCCCUUCAAUGGUUGAAUGAAUAAGGAAGAUGUGGUCCAUAUACACUAUGGAGUAUUAUGCCUCCAUCAGAAAGGACGAAUACCCAACUUUUGUAGCAACAUGGAUGAGACUGGAAGAGAUUAUGCUGAGUGAAAUAAGUCAAGCAGAGAGAGUCAACUAUCAUAUGGUUUCAC